CGGCGUAACCAUCAGGGAUUGCAACAAUACGCGCUCCAGAAAUUAAGCACAAGCGAAAAAAACUGUCAUAUAAAUCCAACAGUUUCGGUUACUCUGUUCUGGUUGACGCAAGAUUGUGAAUUCAAUCGUAAAAACUAGAAGAACUCGCGGUGCUACAUAAAUUUUUUUCGCUUCAUUUUCUGUCGUUGAACAAAUCCAAAGUGUGGCCAUUAAUCCGAGUGGAUUGGAAAUUUAAGAAUCACAGGUCAGAUUGUAGAGCCAGCAAGGCGGCAUCAGAAUGUCGGUAGGCCAAGACAACCGGUGGCAGAAGGAUGCGGCCGACCAGAAUUUCGAUUACAUGUUCAAACUGUUGAUCAUCGGCAACAGCAGCGUGGGCAAGACAUCAUUUCUCUUUCGUUAUGCCGAUGAUUCCUUCACUUCGGCCUUCGUUUCAACCGUCGGAAUCGAUUUCAAAGUCAAGACCGUCUUCCGCCAGGACAAGCGAGUCAAACUCCAGAUCUGGGACACGGCAGGCCAGGAGCGAUACAGGACCAUUACAACAGCAUAUUAUCGCGGUGCUAUGGGAUUUUUAUUGAUGUACGACAUUACCAAUGAAGAAUCUUUCAACAGCGUUCAAGAUUGGUGUACCCAAAUCAAGACUUAUUCUUGGGAUAACGCUCAAGUCAUCCUAGUCGGCAACAAAUGCGAUAUGGAAGAUGAACGCGUCAUCUCCUACGAGAGGGGUAAGCAGUUGGCUGACCAGCUCGGUUUGGAGUUCUUUGAAACCUCAGCCAAGGAGAACAUCAACGUCAAGGCUGUGUUUGAACGUCUGGUUGACAUUAUUUGCGACAAAAUGUCCGAGAGUUUAGACAGCGAUCCUAAUAUGGUGAACUCAUCCAAAGGAACACGAUUGACGGACCAAACUCCUGCCCCCAACGCCGGCGCUUGCCAGUGCUGAAUAUCCAACACAAACACUUUUCAUCAUCCGGCUUGACAGUCGCGAAAAUAUUUAAAACAAGACAAAAAAUAAUCACGACAUCACCAACAAACGCGUCAAAUUUGAGACUAUACGCGAAAUUUUUCAAUUGUCAGAAAAAAACAAAAACCUCUUUUGUUUCAGUGUUGCAUUAUAGUACUUCUUUUUUCCACAGAUAGUUUUCGUUCAAACAAAAUAUCCUUGAGGAGAUUGCUCUCCUAUAAGAUCCAAUUCCAGCGCUUUAACCAAAUAGCGCAAGAUGAUCUUCAAUUUUGAUUGGGGACUGUUAAGUUAGACUGGUUUAAUGAAAGUUUGUUUUUAAAUUGUGCUAAUUUUUAGAUGGCUCUCUUUAGCAUUGUAAUUUAUUUUUUUUUUCUUUUUCAAAAGAAAGAAAGAACCUUCUUAUUGGUCCUAAUAGAGUUAAUAUUUGUCGGUAAAUCAUAUGGGUUGGAAUCAUUCAAGUUCUUUAACGUUUUGAUUCGGGUUUCAUAACUGAUUUUUGUUUUUCAUCGUUUAAUUUCAUUCAAGUCAGUUCAAACGUUUAGUCUAAAAUUUCACUUUGUUCGACGAGUUUGGUUGCGAUGUUUCACACAACAUGUACAUCACGUUUUUUUCCUCACUUGUUUCGGAGACGGUGGACGACGUCUUUGUAAUUGUCACCUCUUCCAACAUCCCAACGGUGGCAAUUCAGCGUUCGCA